AUGAAUACAUCAGUUUUAACAACAUCAACUAGUCUAGUAAAUACGGACGAUCACUUAUGGUCUAAUUUACUUAAUAGUGUAUCUGGUAUUAAGAAAGUUCCAUCAAAAUAUAUACUUUUAUUGGGCGGGGGGAAUAGAAAUGCCAGAGAAUGGAUUUCAUCAUUGAAACAAGCAGCCAUUGGAGUCCAUAGAAAAGGCUCAGUGAAAAAAAAUAAGGAAGAGAUAGGAUCGACAUAUCUUAUGGAUUAUACAUAUAUUGAAUGGAUGGAUCCAGAUCAGGGAGAAAGACUUGGGGUAAUUGAAGUAUAUUUAAUAUCAGAACGACAUGUUUCAUGUGAAUCAAUGCUUUUGGAACUUUUCACGCCAGAGUUUCUUAAAAAUUGUUUGAUUUGUAUUCUAUUAGAUUGGAGAAAUCCAUGGAAAUGGCAUGAAGAAAUGUAUAAUUGGAUAAAUUUGAUUAGAAAAAGUAUUGAGAGUUUUAAAUCUCAUGAAGAGGGAAAUCAAGUUAUUUCUGAUAUUAUAGCUACUUGGGAAUAUAAAAUCAGAACAUAUAGUGAAAAUUCACAAUGGGUAUCUCAUGAUGUUAAUAGGAAUGAACAAGUACUUCUUCCUUUAGAAACAAAUCAAUAUGAUCAGCCUUUAGGAUUACCACUGAUAUGUGUAUGUAAUCAUUCAGAAUAUAUAUUAUCAAUUGAAAAAGAUGAACUUUUAAAAGAUGAACAUUUUGAUUUCAUACAACAAUUUCUUAGAACUAUACUUAUGAAGCAUGGGGGUGCGCUUUAUUAUACAUCUGAUUUGUAUCCAAAUACAUUGGACAAUUUAUUAUAUAGUAUUCUUGAUUGUUUUUCACUUUCACCUCAGACAUAUAUGGAUGUUAAUUCGCCUCCAAAAGCGAAUGUAAUUGAUGGAAAUCAAAUAUUUGUUCCACCAGGCUGGGACUCAUGGGGAAAAAUUCGUAUUAUUCGAGAUAGUUUUGAUGUCGAGAAAGUUGCUAAUGCAUGGGAUUCUGAUUUGAAUCUUAAUGCAGAUAAUAAUGAGACACUUAAUUCUAAAAAGAUUUUUGAAGAAAUGAUAGUAGAUUCUAGAAAGAAUGAUAUUUUUGAUAUUUCAGAGACAAACGAUUUUGUGACCACAAUUCCUUAUCAGGAAUUUCUUUUAAAUCAUUUGAAUAUUAUAGAAACAAAAUGCGAGCCACAAGAAAACGUACAAAAGGAUAAGAUUAAUAUAGAAAACACAUAUGUAGCUUCAGCGCAACUAAAUAUAGGUGGUGUCAAACUUAAUACCGAAGAAGUAGAUGAAAAAUUAAAGAAAUUAAGAGAUAUACGUUCUGAAAGCAAUUCUCCUGUUUUAACACCAGAAGAAAUCUAUAAAUCUCCUUUAAAGGCAAUAUCACCACUACCUGCUAAAGAACAGAAUGAAGUAUUGGCAAAUUUUUUUCAAAGUUUGCUUAAUAGAAAGAAAGCAGGUGGAUAA